AAUACUCUUCUCCUAAAGUCUCCUAAUUUCCUGCGAGCUGGAUGCCUGAAUCUUACGCGGAAAGGGGUGGUAUCGUGAAUACUCCGGCAUGUCAUGAACCACAAUCCUCCCCACAGCAACCGACCAUGGUUGCCCGUCGGUUGCUGCCGAUUUGGCCCCUAGCAUCCAUUCCUGGGGUUCGCGCGAGGUUUCACUGCUUCCCAAAUGACUCUAUUCGGCCUCUACUUCUGGUGAUGGCUCUGGGAGCCUGGGAGUCCGGCCGCAGAACUUGAACGAUGGUUCGUUUGAAGACGAUCAUCCUCAUUACCUCAGCGGGUAAUGCCAAUACGGUAACUUAAUUCCGCCUAGCGCUGCAGAGCCCAAAAAUAGAAACCGGAAGAUGCCUCUUUCUACAG